AUGGGAAAGAAGGACCGGCGGCGGCGCCGGAGUAGCAGCAGCCCUUUGAAGGAGAAGAUCGAGAAGAAGCGCAAGAAAGAAGGCAAGGAUGUGGCCCCUCCGAACUCGGACUCGGAGGCAUCCCACACCAAGAGCGUGGCAAAGCUCAUCCCGGCGGCCCAGGUCAAGGCCGUGAAAGACAAGGAGGCUCAGCAAGAGGUGCCCCUGGUGGUCAGCGGCUGCGCCAACAGGACCAUUAGCGAGAUCGUGAAGGGCACCUACUUCAGGCAUGGCACCAACCAUGGCAAGCCUGUCUACAAGAAAAAGCCAGAGGAUGUGCCAGAUGAUGAUGAUCUUGACGUUCUCAUAUACUUCUGGGACAUUCGAGAUGGCCCCGACAAUUGCGGCUGGUGGUUCAGCCCCAGUGUUGGCGGUGAAAUGGUCUGGGCUUAUCAUCCAAGUCAGAAGGCUGCAACACCGCCAUCGGCCGAGUGGAAUGUCCCCCAUGAUGGGCCGAUUGAUAAGACCUUCACGGUGACUGCCGCACCCCAUCUUGCAGAAGGCCAAAAGUCUCCAAAGAAGGAAGAGCUAAGAGAAAAGAAAGACGAAGAUGAGGAUGAGGAGGAGGAGGAAGAGGAGGAGGAUGAAGAGGAUGAUGAGGAAGUCUCACGACCCAAGACAGCACCGCUUUCCAAAGAUGAUGGCUCUUCAGAGAGUGAGGCAGUCGCACGUAGGGGGAAGAAAAAGGAUCUGACCGCCGAGGAGCGAGAGCUGGAGAUGCAGGAAGCAGAGGAUCGAAGGCUCAUGGAGCAGCUGCGAUUGAGAGAAGAGGCCCGCAAGAAGAAAGCGGAAGAACUGCGAAUGCGAAAAGAGCAAGAGAAAAUGAAAGAGGUGCCAAAACCACUUGAGGAAAAAGACGACAAAAAGAAAAGAAAGCAGAAGGACAAGGACCAGAAGAAGAAGGAGAAGGAGGAUAAGCGCAAGAAGGAAGAGGAGGAAGAACGCGAGCGCCUCAGAAGGGAUCGUGAGAGAGAAGAGGAGGAGCGGCGGCGAAGAGAGGAGGAGGAACAGAAGGAGCGACGCCGCAAGAAGGAGGAGGAGGAGCGCAGGGAGCGUGCAGAGCGUUCGGAGCGUGAGCGACGUGAGCGUGCCCGCAAAGAAAAGGAGGAAGAGGAUCGAAGAAGGAAGCGAGAGGAGGAGCGACGUGAAGAAGAGGAGCGAGAGGAACGAAGACGUCGUAAGGAGGAAGAGGAGCGUAGACGACGCAGAGAGGAGGAGGAUCGUCGCAGAAGAGAGGAGGAGGAAGAAAGAAGGCGCGAGGAGGAGCGCCGCAGGAAGCGGGAAGAGGAGGAGGAGGAAGAGAGAAAACGGCGGCGGCUCAUUGAGGAGAAGGAGGAGGCAGAGCGGGCACGGCGGAAGGAGAUUGAGCGGCAGAAAAAAGAGGAGGAGCGCCGCAAGCAUGAGGAGAAGAUGCAGCGAAAGGCGGAGGAACGCAGACGCCGCGAGGCCGGCGACCACCGCGACCGCAGCGACCGGGACCGUGGGGACCGUGGGGACCGUGGAAGGGACAGAGACCGCGACAGGCCGGAGAGGCAGGAGGUAUCUGAGAGCCUGCCUCGUGAAGCUCGUAAAGAGAAGGAAAAGCCAGAAGACAAACAGCAGAAAGCGAUCCAAGCCGUGGUUUCCUGCUUCCACCGAAUGAAUGGAGUGAACCUUGCUAACUUUGAGAGUUUGAAGGCAGAUUUCGAGCGCAUCAUGGCCUCAGAGCUGCCUUACACAGGUGAGAAGGAAGCAACACUGCGAGAGGAAGCGGGCAAAAUCCUGAGCACUGCAGAGGCCAACGUUGCCAAGGAGAAGGUGCGGCUGGAGGAGGAGAGCAAGCGCAAGGAGGAGGAGGAGAAGCUGCGCCUUGAGCAGGAAGCCAAAGCAAAGCGUCAGCAGGCCGCUAAUCUGAAUGUCCUGAAGGCCCUGCAGAAGCUCUCAGAUGCCACGCCUGAGAACUGGGCGCAGAUGAGCAUGGAGUUCCAGGAGGUGAUGCGCACAGAGCUCCCAGAUACGGGGGACCAGCGUGAGGCGUUGCAGGCCGAGGCUGACCGCGUCUUCGCUUACGCGCAACAGUACGUGAAGCAAAUGGAGGAAAGGCAGAAGGAGCAAGAGGAGCGCGAGCGGAUCCGGAGAGAGGAGCAAAAGGUCAAGGAGCAGAAUGCGCGCUCAGUGCUGGCUGAGGUGGAGACUUGCCUUUGCAAAGCAGAAGAGGAAGCGCAGAAAGCUCGAAGUGCUUCCGAGCAGCUCUACCAGCUCUCACAGCUCUCCCAAACCCAAACGGGAACCUCUUUGAAGACAGAAAGAAGAGACGCCUUGGUGGCCUCCUUUCCAAAGGGUGCCGAGGAGUCCUUGCGACAAGGCCGUAUUUGUGGAAAGCUCGGCGGUUUGGCGCAGGCUGCCGCGGAAGGGGCCUGGAAGUUCCUGGAGAGCCACCGGAUGGCAUUGCUGGAGGUCGAAACUUUGCGGAACGAGAUGUUGGCCUUUCUACAGCGUAGUGAGGCGAGGCUCCAGGCCUGUCAAAUGGCAGCCCAGGGCGCAGUGAAGUUGGCCUCCGAAAGCCGCGAGCGUGUGCAGAACAACGCGGCGCCAAUGCUUUGGGAUCGUAAGUCAGGUGACGUCUUCCGAACCUACGACCAGGAUGAGGACGGAUUCUUGUCCAGGAAUGAGGUCCUGAACUUUGCAAGGCUCGAGUAUGGCUUUGCGAUUCCUUCCGUGAGCCUGGAUCGGAUCUUCCGACAGCUUGCGAACGACGGGGCGCCGGGCCUGGAGCCCGCGCGCUUCCAGCAGCUGCGGACGGCCCUGGGCAUUGCACGCUUCGAGUACAAGUCAGCUCGGAAUAAGGCCAAGGAGAAACAGGCUGCUGAACCUCCGGACGCCGAGGCGGACAAGGUUGAGAACGAGUACCGCGAGUACUUAAAGCAGAGAUUCCGUUCAGUGUCAGCGGAAGUCGAGGGCAUUGCCUGGACAGAUUUGGAAACCAAAGUCUCCGAAGUGGAGUCAGCUUCAGCCAGCUUUGUGAAAACUUCCUCAGACUUGGCUUCUCAGGAAGAACUCCAGCGAGUCGAGGCCUCUUUGGAUGCUGCACUCACAGCUGCGAAGAAUGCCGUGCCGGGCUUCCUUAGCCACCUGCGCACCCUGCGCCACGGCACUAUGCAGCUAAUCAUGGUCCAGCCGAGGGCCGCAAAGCCGCUGAAUGCGGAGAAAGCUGAGAAAGCUGAGAAGCCUGAGAAGCCAGAGGAGCAGGAGAAAAAGGAUGAGAACUUGGACAAGCAAGCCGCACCAGAUGACGCAAAAGCUGACACAAAGGAGUCUAAGGAGGAUCCACCCAAAGAGCCGAAAGAGUUGGAUGUCUCCAACGAGUCGCGGGAUCUGAAGGAUCUGAAAGACUUGCAGGAAAAACUUCGGCAGCUCUCACUGCGUUUGUCACGGCUCGAAGCUCGAGUUGUCCUUGCAGAGCGCCGUGCCGCCGAGGGCCGCAAGGUCACGGCCCACAUUGCUGCAUUGAAGGUUGAGGAGGUUCGGGUGGAGGUUGCCAUGAAGCUGCGACAGUGCAUUGAGCAGCUGGGUGGAAAAGCAGUCGACCUCUUCCAGAUCAUUGCUAAAGGUGAGGACGCAGCCUCGGUUGAGGAGGCACAUGCAUUCCUCAAGGAGAACAACUGUGACGUCGAAAUCGACAAGUGGGAGCCUGGGGUGAAAGUCAGCCGCGAGGAGUUUGCCAGGAUUAUCCGCGUGGUCUACGAAGUCUCCAGGGAAGUGGGCCUGACAGAGAGCCUGGCCAUUGGCCCGGCCAUGAGGGUCCUGGAGGUCGGCGAGCUCCUGGAGGCUGUCCACGCCGGGCCACGAGCCGAGCCCUCACCUGAGGCGGGCUCCCCGGAAUCGCGAACUUGUGCGAACGUUUCUGCGAAUGUUUUGUCUCAGGGCCUGCAGCGGAUCCACGCGCGAGCCCUUCGCGAUGGCGUGCUGGGCUGGGUGACUUUGUCCAGCAGCCAGGGCCCCAAGAGAGUGAAGAAUGCGAUGCUUUGCGAUGCUUGCUGA